CGUAAAAAAUCAAAUUCACCCGACAUCAUCGACUCUCAAAAUGUCAGACAGUGACGACGAACCCAUAACUCUUUCGGGCCAUGCUCUCGAUGCGCUGAAGCAAUUCUACGCUGAACGCGACGCCCACACGGCCAAGUUUGAGAAGCUUAACGCCGAGGCAGAGGAGAAUGCAAAGUCAGGCAAGCCGCUCACAAUUGAGUCCUUCUCGGAAGACUGGCAGGAGAGUCAGUUUUGGUACUCGGAAGAGACCGCAUCUCUCCUUGCGAAGCAGCUGCUUAAUGGCGCGACGCCGGACAUGACGCUUGUGGUUGUGUCGGCGCCGAGUGUGUUUGUUCAGUUGAGGAAUUUGGUAAACCAAGCAGGACCCGAUGCCCCCAAGCCAAAACUGUAUCUCCUGGAGCACGAUAACCGCUUCAACGUCUUUGGGUCUGAGUUCAUCUUUUAUGAUCUGAACGAGCCGUUCAAGCUACCUCCUGAACUGAAAGGCUGCGCAGACCGCAUGAUCUGCGACCCACCGUUCCUGAAUGAGGACACACAGACCAAAGCAGCCCUGACCAUCCGCUGGCUCGCCAAACCCCACACCACCCCCGAGCCCUCCCCGCGACUCAUCGUUUGCACAGGCGAGCGUAUGGAGCCCAUUGUGACCAAGGUGUAUAAGUCGUUCGGGCUGCAGACGACGACGUACGAGCCAACACACGCGCGGGGGUUGAGCAACGAGUUUUACUGCUAUGCUAAUUUUGAGGGCGAGGCGUGGAAGUGGGGGAAGCCUGUUCUGUCGGGGGAGAGGAAGGAUGCGCAGGGCGUGGGUAUGGAAAGUAAAUGAGUGAGCGAACGAAAGGGGGCAAAGGGAUGACGUCACCCCUUAUGAGGAAAUGGGUGCUGGAAUUACUCCCUGUAGAUGGUCAUAUCUGAUGAGUUGGAUCGAUGACAGAUGUGAGCCUGCUUGACUGUUUAAGCGUACAGUGAAUACAUAGUUGGUGUCAAAGUGCAAGGGCCCAAGUAUACCCGAGGUAAACUCUUUGCCAGCAUAUACCACCUAACGUAGAGCCAUGAAGUAC